ACGUGGUAGUAAUGUGUGGCUAGGGAUGAUGACGUAAUCACUGUCUUCCCGGCAGCGCUGUGUCCUCUGCAUGUGCCAGGUCACAUGUUGGAUAUUUAGACUUGUGAAACGACAAGUCCCAGCAAGCCGUGACAGUAUGCUGGGAAAGCCAAAAGUUUACGACACCUCGUAUUGAGAAUUAUGGAAUGCCAUAAAUAUCUGUGUAUUGGUCAUCACUCAUGGAACCUUUGAAACUAUCUCGCUUUCUUUCCCGAGUUAAAGUAUGCCUGUCAUAUAGAUGUCUAUCUACCAGCAUCUCAUGUACUCAGAAAAGCACAACUAGGAAGGACGAGUUUAGUUCCAGGCUGGCAGCAGGGCCACGUCUGAACGAAUUUUUUGCUAACACCUCUCCUAUAUAUCCCUCUGUGGAAGAAGAUGCACCUCAUUAUAUAACAGAGAAUUCCUUACCGCCAGUAAAUAACAAAGUUUAUUUGGAGACCUAUGGAUGUCAGAUGAAUGUUAGUGACACAGAAAUUGCCUGGUCCAUAUUGCAGAAAAGUGGAUAUGUCCGAAUUAACACAGCAGCUGAGGCUGAUGUGAUCCUUCUGGUUACUUGUUCUAUAAGGGACAAAGCGGAACAGACCAUUUGGAACCGUGUACAGCAGCUAGCUUAUCUAAAGCAAAAGCGAUGUAAAUCUCGGGGUCCCCUGAGGAUAGGGAUAUUAGGUUGCAUGGCAGAAAGGCUGAAAGAGGAGAUCCUACAGAGGGAGAAGGCGGUGGAUAUAUUGGCUGGUCCUGAUGCUUAUCGUGACCUACCUAGACUUCUUGCUGUGGCAGAAACUGGUCAGCAAGCUGCUAAUGUGCUACUUUCCUUAGAUGAGACCUAUGCUGACAUCAUACCAGUACAGACCUCUUCAAACAAUGUAUCAGCGUUUGUCUCCAUAAUGCGAGGCUGUGACAAUAUGUGCACUUACUGUAUUGUUCCAUUUACCCGUGGGCGAGAGAGAAGUCGUCCCCUCCAUUCUAUCCUGGAAGAAGUCCGAAUGUUGUCUGACCAAGGUAUUAAGGAAGUGACUUUACUGGGUCAAAAUGUGAAUAGCUACCUCGACAGAUCUUCAGUUCAGAUUUCCACUACUGAAACUUCUCAACUAAGCCGUGGUUUCAGCACUGUCUACAAACCUAAAGCAGGGGGUCUUCGGUUUGUGGAUCUUUUAGAUCAGGUUUCUAGAAUAGACCCAGAAAUGAGAAUACGUUUUACUUCGCCGCAUCCUAAAGAUUUUCCUGAUGAGGUUCUCCAGUUGAUACGAGAGCGACGUAACAUUUGCAAACAAAUCCACAUUCCUGCACAAAGUGGAAGUAACAGAGUUCUAGAAUCCAUGCGCAGGGGAUAUAAUCGGGAAGCUUAUUUGGAUCUGAUACAUAAUAUCCGGGAGCAGGUCCCAGGGGUCAGUCUCAGCAGUGAUUUCAUAACUGGCUUCUGCCAGGAGACAGAGGAAGAUCACCAACAAACGGUAUCACUGUUGCGUGAAGUGUCCUACAAUGCUGCUUUCCUAUUCGCAUAUAGCAUGAGAAAGAAAACAAGAGCAUAUCACAGGCUGAGUGAUGAUGUCCCAGCUGAGGUGAAGAAAAGGAGACUGGAGGAGCUCAUUGCAGUCUUCAGAGAGGAGGCUGAACGGGUCAACAAGAGAGCUGUAGGAAGGACACAGCUAGUCCUGGUAGAAGGAGCCAGCAAACGUUCCUCAGAAGAGCUAUGUGGACGAAAUGAUGGAAACACCAAAGUAGUUUUCCCUGAUUUUCAUAUGGAAACUGCCUCACCUCAAGAAACUAGAGUCCAAGCCAGACCAGGUGAUUACGUAUUAGUUAAGAUAACCGCUUCUAGCUCACAAAGCUUGAGGGGAAGACUUGUUGGACUUGCUAACCUUCAAUCAUCAUCUUCAUAUUCCGAACUCUAGGACCUCUCCACCUAGUAGAAUACAAUUGGAGCUGAUCUCAUUUAGCCGUUUUAACAAAAUGUUUUGCAAGAUAAAUGUAUAGAAAUCUGUUAAAUAAAACAUACAUUCAAGUGACUACUUUAUAAGAAAA